AUGUCGAAAGUAACAAUCUUGGGUGCUGGGAUUACCGGCAUGGGAAUUGCAAGCCAAUUACCCAAGAACACCGAAAUUACAAUCCUGGGCGACUUUCUACCCGGCGAUGCGAUGGACCAGCGUUAUGUCAGUCAAUGGGCCGGUGCCAUCUGGCUAGGCGUCCACGACUCAACACCGUGGGAACAGUCGAUGCAGCUGAACUCAUUUUCCGAGCUAUGGCGUAUUGCAGAGCGACACCCCGAAUCCGGCAUCCGGCAGAUUGAAAUGACCGAGAUUAUGGACAACGGAGACCCGACGGAAGUAUGGUAUCAAGGAAAAGUCCCCGGAUUCCGCUUCAUGGCGCCUUCAGAUCUUCCCCAAGGCGCGAAAUUUGGCAUGAAGUUCCAGACCGUCGUCAUCACGCCGCCGACAUUCCUUCCCUGGUUCCGACAGCACCUGGAAAACCAGGGCGUGAAGUUCCAGCGUACCUAUGUCAAGACUUUGCGGGAUUUGAGAGGUAUGGGACACGAUGUUCUGAUCAACGCCACUGGGUUCGGUGCUAUGAAGCUGCUCGAUGUUGAGGAGAAGCGCAUCACGCCCGUGCGGCAGCAGAAUAUCAGACUCCGCAAAGAGGGCUACAAUAGGUGUUAUAUCCGCCGUGGUCCAGACGGAUACUAUUCCACGGCAUUCGCGCGUGGUGAUGGCACGAUCUAUAUGGGCGGGAUCAAAACCGUUGGUGAAUUCGAUUUCACUGCGUAUGAAGACCAGCGCAAAACGAUCAUGCAGCGUCAGCACGAUAAUCAGCCUGAUGUUUUCCCGUCACCCAACCCCCUCGACUACGACUUUAUUACGGACCAUGUAGGUGUGUUCCCCAUUAUUGAGCACCAGAAUGGCGGCAUUCGCGUCGAAAAGGAGCUUCUUCAUGGGCAGAAGGUCAUACAUGCAUAUGGACAGGAAGCCGGUGGGUUUACUUUCAGCUUUGGCCUUGGUCAGGAGGUGUCCAAGUACGUACAGGAAUAUUUGACCGAGCUACCGAAGCCUGCAGAAACGCCUAUUCCCAGUAAGCUGUGA